AUGGCAUCUUUUCUCUCCGACUUCUUUACCGGCACAAAUACAGCCAUGCGCCCCCAACGGGACUGGAGGGAAAUGCCCGAGCUCCCUGACGCUGAUGAGUUCAUGAGCAGCGAGCCUCCUCGACUACCACUCAACGACUUUGAGCCUCGGCCCCAGUUACGAGACCAGCUUUUUGAGACGCAGUAUCGUCUUCAUCGAUAUGAAGCCACUGAGACCUUGAGACGGGCUGUACAAACCAUACGAGCGGCGGCCACGUACCAAAACUUCCCCGACGAGCAGAACGGCAGUGGAGACAAAAGGUUGGAACAAGUCAACGUGUACUCCAGGGUGAGCGUGGCUGGAUUUGCCCUUGGACCAAACGCAGCCGGCCAACGGCUCAUCGUACCGACUGCCCCGUCUCGAGACCAAGAUGACGAUGACGACUCCUCUCCUGACGAAAUGGAGCUAUUCACCCCGGGAACCUUGGUCGUCCUGUCGAGUGACUUCUUCAAGACCACAUGCUACGUCGCCAUCGUUGUGGAAAACGAAGGAUUGCGUGAUGAACCAGCGAGCAUUGAUGUUCGUUGGGCAAAGGAAGAUCAAAUGUUCAUGGAUACCAUGCUUGAGCUAGUCAUGCUGGAGCCAACCGAUGCGUAUUUCGAGCCUCUAAGACACACUAUGGUGGGAUUGCAGCACAUGUUUGCGACCAGUUGUCUCCUAGACCAAUACCUCUUCGCUGCAGGCCCUCAUUCUGUGCCAACUAUUCCAUAUCUCAAAGAGACCCCAAAAGGAAGCCCGGUAAUCCCACAGACCGUCAAGGCCCUCGACAAGUCGCAGCACAAUGCCUUUACAGAAGCAACAACAAAAGAGCUGUCUAUUAUCCAAGGACCGCCAGGAACAGGCAAAACCUUUACUUCCAACGUUAUCCUGCAGAGCCUGGUCCAAACCCAGCGACAGUGCCGCGAGGCGCGCUCUAGUCCUGGACCUACAAUACCGGUCAUCGUGUCUGCUCAGACGAACCACGCGUUAGAUCAGCUACUUCAGAAAUACACAGAGACUACAGAGUCAAACAAAGUCGUCCGUCUUGGUGGGCGUAGUAGUAAUGAGGCCAUUGCAAAGCUCACCAUCUCCAGGUUAAAAAGGGUACAUGUUCCUUCCAGCUAUCGAGCAGAGCCAGCUGGAAAUCUGGUAGCGGCUGCCAUGAGGGCUUUCAUGGCACUCCGCGACGCUCUUAAACCAAGUGAAGAUAUAAAAAGCGCCAAAGAACUCUUUCAUCACAAGAUUCUUUCCGAGGAUCAAUAUUAUUCAAUCGUCAACGACGAUUGGGAGUCGAGUGAAGGAAAUGGGUGUGACUUGGCAAACUGGCUUGGCAAGCCUCAACCGAACUCUGAGAACAGCCGCGCAGGGCCAGAUGACGAGGCCAAGCUGAAGCCUCGUUGGCAAGGAGCAAGAGUCAAUUUUAUACCUUUGCCAAAGUCAUCAGAUGGGCUGGCUAGCUCUUGCUCCCGGGAUUUCGUCAUUGAUCUGCUGGCCAACACGCGCAACUUGUACCACAUUAGACCCGAGGACCGGCGAGCUGUCUAUGAUUAUUUAAGAGAAAGGCUUCAUGCAAUCAAGAAUCCCUCAAUAGAAGGUCUCGUCAUGUCCUAUAACAGGGCCCGAGCGUCGAUUCAAAGUACGCAGGUCGUCAAUGAUCUCGCCUACAUACAGGCGGCCGAAAUCGAAGUGAUUGGGUGUACUGUCACAGGGUUGAUGAAAUACCGACACCUCAUCUCCAGCCUUAGACCUCAGAUUUUACUCAUGGAAGAAGCGGGAGAGAUCCGCGAAGGUGGCACAAUUGCAGGUCUUCUGCCUUCUAUAGAGCAUCUCAUCCUCCUGGGCGAUCAUCAACAACUCCAGCCACACGUCAACAUGAGAGAGCUCGCGAGAGACCCCUGCCGCCUCAACAUCUCCAUGUUUGAACGGCUGAUCAAGCUUGGAAUCUCGCACAAGACGCUUCUCCAACAGCGCCGAAUGAUACCAUGCCUCCGCGAAAUCGUGCAACUCUUUUACCCUCGAUUGGUCGACCACACGCCAACCAUUUCCCAACUGCCGCCGCGUGUCCCCGGUGUCGCCAGGCCACUGUGGUGGUUCCGACACGACUGGCUGGAAGAGGCUGGUUUCUUUAAUGGCAGCUCUGUGCAGAACUUUACAGAGGCUCAGAUGGUUGUAGCGUUUGUUCAGUAUCUGGUUGAUCUGCAAAAGUUCCCGCCGGAGCGCAUUACCAUGCUCACCUACUACCGAGGCCAGGUUGACCUCCUCAACAAGCAACUAGCUGCCAAUCAACGACUUGCAUCGCUGGAGACAGAUUGGUCCGUGAGAACCGUGGACGGUUUCCAAGGCGAGGAAAAUGACAUCAUCAUACUCUCCCUGGUGCGAGGACCCAAUGGAAAAGCUGGUUUUCUGACACAGGAGAACCGCGCCAUUGUAGGACUGAGCCGUGCAAGAUUCGGCAUGUACAUCUUCGGGCAUCAGGAUGUCCUUCUCAAGCACCCUCGACGGACUUGGGCCAAGGUCAUACGACAGAUAGGGGAAAACCAGGGCGCGACACUGCCACUACGCCCUGACCCGGGCGUAGACGAGGUGGUUCAAGUCGACCAUCCAGAUAAGCUGAAGCAGCUCCUGCGAAUGGCGAGGCGUCAACCGUCGAGAGAAGGAAGAAAGAGAGCGAGCGCCGCCGGCAGCUCAGAUACAGAAGCGGAGACGCAGGCCAAGACGUCUAGCACAAAGACGGAAGCACCUGAUACCGCGAGCAGAGAUGCUCCAAAUCGUCAAGGCAAGAUGGGAUCCUGGACCGCCAACCUCCCAAGCCUGCCGUUGCGGAGACGGAUAGAGACGAUAGAGUCACUAGCUUCCGAUUUAGAGCUGGUGUCGCUCGAAGAUUCGGCGACAAUCCCCAUCUCGCAGCGGGUGUCGUGGGACCUGGCGCCGUUGCAACCGACUUCCGAGUCAGUGGAAGAGGAGCAACUCAUUGAGUUUUCAGACGGCGAAUCUUGCUAG